CCGAUGCCGAUCUCGACUCAACGAUGGACAGCACGAAUGAUAUCUUCUCGGAACCACCACUUCCGAUACGGCCACGCAUUAACCUCGGCCCCGACUAUCAGGCCACUCUGCCCGAUUGCGUUCAGUUGCGUUCGGCUGCUUCCUAUCCUGGGCUGUUGCAUCACCAGCACCACCACUCGUAUCACCACUCGCCGUCUUCGCCGUAUUACGUGAAUCAACCGGCGGCACCAUCGGUGCAGCUGUGGGACCCAUCGGUAGCACUGAACGAACGACAGAUACAACGCUUCAUCGAACUGGCCCGCUCAUCGGCGGCUCCACUCGGUUGCCACACGGAGGAGCACGCCCUCAAGGCACUGCUCGAUGCACAGGGUGAAGUGCAUCUGGCGAUACUCGGUCUGCUACAGGCGACACCGGCCAGCGUUCAUCGCCGGUGGACGGCCACCGAAAUCGAACAGUUCAUCCACGGGCUCGAAAGCUACGGGAAGGACUUUCAUCGCAUUGCGAGCGAACUGUUGCCCGACAAAGGGACGGCUGACUGUGUCCAGCUGUACUACUUCUGGAAGAAGCUCUGCAUCGACUACAAACAUGCGCCCAUCGCGACGACAACAACGACAGCGACAACGAUGACGUCCAAGGCGUACUCCCCGGUCCCUCUGACGCCAACGGUAGUGGCAUCCGCUUCAACGGCGCUGGCCACACUCGGUACGGACGAUCUGCUGCUCGAUACACUGGAGCUCCCCGCUAGUGGAAGGUCUUCCACCACGGCCACCAGCAAGGUGCACCAUCAUUCGAGCGUGACAUCGAGUAACCAUGGUAACGCCGCUAACCAUGCCACGUCUACUGCUAGCUCAACUACAUCGACCAGCGUUAGUGACGUUCGUCCGCAUGUCUGCGAGGUUCCCGAUUGUUCCGCGAGCUUCUCGUCCAAGGCGGCCCUUCACGGUCACAUCCGUAUACACUGUAUCGGGCGCAGCCACAGCGCUAUUCAAAAUGGGUAUUCAAUAAGGUAAAAAGCCGAAGCGCCCACAUGAAAUCACACCGACCGCAGGAUGCCAGCGAUCAGCUUCAGCAGCAGUUGCAGCUCCACCAACAGCAGCAGCAGCAACAGCAACAGCAACAAGAUCGCGA